AUGUCAGUUCACUUCGAAACGGAUGUUGUUCUUCUCACUUGUGCGAGUGGCAAGCAGUGCUCCCGGCUAAUUCCUCUUCUCUACAAUCAAUGGAACCAUCUACGGCUCGUCGUGAACACUUUGUCCUCCGAAGAGUCGCUCAAGACGAAGUGGCCUAAUGCGACAGUUGUACGAGCCGAUAUGUCCCGAGCUGAAGAUGCGCGGCGUCUAUUGUCUGGAGUCACGACUGUGCUAUACAUCGGGCCAUCUGCUCAUAGCCACGAAACUGAAAUCGGGUAUACUAUGAUCGACGCUGCACGCCACGAGUCCCAACAAGGCACUUUAAAGCACUUCGUUUACUCCUCCGUGCUACAUCCACAACUCCGCAAGUUGAUGAACCAUGAUUGCAAGCGCUACGUGGAAGAGUACCUGAUUGAAUCCGGGCUUAACUAUACUAUUAUUCAGCCGAGUCAUAUCUUAGAUCAGUUCCCGGUGGAGCAUUUGCUGCAAUCAGAAGACCCUGUUUUCCCUGCCAGCUUUGAUCCGCAGGUAACAUUCUCUUUCACGGUCUUACAGGAUUUGGCCGAGGCCUUUGCACGCAUUAUCAAUGAGAGAGAGAAGCAUUACCUGGCAGAGUACACAGCCUGUUCCAGUGGGCCAACAUCUUAUGCCGAUUUGAUUGCGAUGCUAAGCGAGGAAAUUGACAAGCCUAUCCGGAUCCUGAGAAAGGACUUCUUCGAAUCGUCAGACCAAUUUCAAAACACACUGGCUGGCAAGUACGGCGAUGUUCCACCAGGUACCCGUGAUACGAUCCAGCGACUGCUACUUUACUACAAUUUUUACGGGAUCAAAGGCAACCCAAACGUGCUGGGCUGGCUAAUUGGACGGACGCCUACAACUGUAAAGGACUUUUUACGCCAGAGAAUCCGGGACUUUCAGAACUCUUAG